CAUCGGGACUCACCCCUGACUUGCAGUCUCUGUGAGUUUAUUUUCACACAGAGCAGUUGUUUUGACUGAAACGCAGACACGCCACACAGCCAUGUCCAAACCUGUGGCGAUUGUGACUGGAGCCUGCUCCGGCAUGGGACUGGCUCUUACAAAGGACCUCAUCAGCAAAAGCUGGAAGGUCGCGAUGGCCGACGUGAGUGCCGAGGAGGGAGGGAGGAUAUCCGCUGAGUUGGGAGAGGAUACACUCUUCGUACGUACCGAUAUCUCCAUAUACACCGAACAGGCGGCUCUUUUCAGACGUGCAUUCAGCUGGGGUGGGAAUCGUGUCGACUUCUUCGCCGCCAAUGCCGGUAUCGCAGACCUCGGCAAUCUCUACGCUCCUGAGAUCGAUGUGGAUGAGAAUGGAGAUCCAAAACCGCUGAACAUGAAGGCCAUGAACGUCGACCUUGAUGCGGUUUUCCAGGGCAUCUGGCUUUUCAGGUACUACCAUCGGAAGAAUGUCAAGUCUGUUGGGAAAGUCGUCAUCACGUCCUCAAUGGGUGGACUGUAUACGGCAAGAGUAAACCCACAAUACCUUGCCGCAAAAGCUGGUACUAUCGCCCUUGGACGCAGUGCUGGCUUGACCAUGAAGGAAACCGACAACAUCAGUGUCAACGUCAUAUGCCCUGGCUUCGUGGUGACUGGCUUGUGUCCACCUCAUAUUCUCAAAAAGUUUCCAGAGGAACAUAUCACACCCAUGAGCACUGUCCUCAAGGCCUUCGAUACUUUCCUCUCGGACGAUAAGUUGUCUGGAAAGACCGUCGAAGUGAGUCGAGACCAGCUGUACUAUCGAGAGCAGGUUCCGUAUGCGGACGAAAGUAUGAGAUGGCUCUGCGAAGAGACCUCCAAGAUCUGGGCGGAGGGCUACGAGUAGCGAUAUUGUAUAAAGGAAUCUUAAGAUCUCAACAUGGGGAUAUUACAGCCCGCUCCACCUACGGCUCAAUCAC